GAAAUGCAGGCAUUAAGCAGGAAAGAGCCGCCAGCCUGGGCAUUAGCAAACGUUUGUCGGAUUAGCGGGGGCGGAGCGGGCGCGCCGCCGGCACGGCGGGGCCUCGCCACAGAGGACCGGCGGCAGCGGGCGGAGGGGGCCGCGGUGCGCGCUGGGAGCUGUAGUCGUGCCGCCGCGGGAGCUCGCCGGCCUCCCGCCGCCUCCACCGCCGCUUCCGGGCGGAGGGGCCGGGCCGGGCGGGAGGGCUCGCCUCGCCGCGCCUCGGGGCGGCUCGCAGCGCGGCGUGUGAGGAGCGGUCGGCCUCUCACCGCCGUCCUUCGCUUUGCUAGCGGGGGAGAGAUGGAGGCGCCCUGGCGGCAGGGGGGCCGGGGCCGGGGCCGCGCCAGGCCCGGGGACGGGCUCGCCCCCCGCGCUGGGGCGGCUGCCCGGUCCCCGGCCCCGAGGGCCCGCGGCGGUGCCAGCCUUGCGGCCGCGGGGAACAGCAGCGAGGGGGCUGGCGAAUUAUCUUCACAGAAGAAAUUUGAUGAAAUUAAGAAGGCUAAUCAGGCUGCAGCAAAAAAGCUAGUUGAAGACCAGUUUAGUUCUUCGUCUGAAGAUGACGAUGAAGAUGCUGAAGUAAAACAAGGGAAGAUUUUGGCCAAAACAUUUACCAUUUACACCAGUCAAACUGAUGGAGAUGCAAGUGAACUGGAACGUACAAGACAGUACAUGAAUGAAGCUUUUCAGUCAGGGGCCAUGACAUGUCUGAUCUGCAUUGCUUCAGUUAAAAGGAACCAAGCUGUCUGGAGCUGUUGUGGAUGCUUUUGUAUAUUUCACCUGGUGUGUAUUCAAAAGUGGGCCAAGGACAGCCUUUUUCUUGUGUCUUCUCCUUUGACGGAUGAUGAUUUCGGGAAGAAAGAUUAUCCCUGGCCAUGUCCAAAAUGCAGGUUUGAAUACAAACGGUCUGAAACUCCCAGUAGGUAUUACUGUUACUGUGGGAAAGUAGAGAAUCCAGUGCUGGACCCAUGGCUGGUACCUCACUCCUGUGGUCAGAUAUGUGAGAGGGAAUUCAAACCUUCUUGUGGUCAUAAAUGUUUGCUGCUUUGUCAUCCAGGACCCUGUCCACCUUGCCCAAAGAUGGUCACAACAACCUGUCACUGUAAGAAAGCUAAGCCGGUGCCCCGAAGGUGCAGUGCCAAGGAAUGGUCGUGUCGCCUGCCGUGUGGACGAACGUUGCUGUGUGGACAACACACCUGUGAGAAUUCCUGUCACCCAGGAGAUUGUCAGCCGUGUCCACGAGUCAGUAAACAGCGGUGCAUCUGUGGAAGACAGACGGCGGAAAGACUUUGUGCAAGUCCUCAGUGGCAGUGUGAUCAGGUGUGUGGGAAACCCUUGACAUGUGGUAAUCACACAUGUGAACAAGUUUGUCAUGCUGGUCCCUGUGGAGACUGUCCUCGUUCUGGGAAAAGGUCCUGUCCAUGUGAAAAAUCAAAGUUUACAUUGCCUUGUACAGAAGAUGUGCCCACCUGUGGCGAUAGCUGUGACAAAGUUCUGGAAUGUGGCAUCCAUAAAUGUUCACAGCGCUGUCAUCGAGGUCCCUGUGAAAUAUGCAGACAGGAAGUUGAAAAACAAUGUCGCUGUGGAAAGCACACUAAACGCAUGCCAUGUCAUAAGACAUAUUUGUGUGAAACGAAGUGUACUAAAAUUCGUGAUUGCCAAAAGCACCAAUGUAGGAGAAAGUGCUGUUCCGGAAACUGUCCACCUUGUGAUCAAAUCUGUGGGCGGACUCUAGGCUGCAGAAAUCACAAAUGCCCUUCAGGCUGCCACAGAGGUAGCUGUAACCCUUGCCCAGAGACUGUAGAUGUGAAAUGUAAUUGUGGAAAAACUGUCAUUAAAGUCCCCUGUGGCAGAGAGCGCACCAUCAAACCUCCCAAAUGCAAACAGCUGUGUGGUCGACCCCCUACCUGUCACCACACUACCCAGGAGAAACACUAUUGUCACUUUGGUCGGUGUCCUCCAUGUCGCCAGCCCUGCCAGAAAACAUUAGCGUGUGGACAUUUGUGCCCUGUUCCCUGCCACGAUGAAGCACUUGUGAAGCAAACUGGCUUACAUCAGUCUGCAGGUCCUUGGGAACAGCCGUCUGAGCCAGCUUUUAUUCAAACUGCAUUACCGUGCCCUCCCUGUGAAGUUCCUAUACCAGUGGAGUGUCUUGGGCAGCAUGAGGUUAGUCCAUUACCAUGUCACUCUGCAAAACCCUACUCAUGUAAAAGAUUUUGUGGGCGGCUUCUUGACUGUCAGAAUCACACCUGUAUGAAAGAAUGUCAUCAAGUUACUAAAUUAAACAGUAGUGUGGAUGGAAAGAAGGCAGGUCUAGAAUGUUCACAGUGUGAAGAGGAGUGUACCAAGCCCCGGCCAUCUGGCUGUCCUCACCGAUGUGUUUUGCCCUGUCAUCCUGGGGAUUGCCCAUCAUGUCUCCAGAUGCUUAAAAUAAAGUGUCACUGCAAACUCUCAAUACUGUACAUUGAAUGCUUAAAACUAACAUGUGCUGAUUUAAAAGAAAAGGAGCUUCUUAUUUCCUGUAAAAAUCAGUGUCCAAAAGAGUUGCCCUGUGGUCACCGCUGUAAAGAGAUCUGCCAUUCAGGUAGCUGUCCUCUGAACUGCAGCCAGAAGGUUAAACUCCGAUGUGUCUGUAAGAGACUGAAAAAGGAAAUACAGUGCAGCAAGCUACAAGAAGGCCAAGUUUCACUGGAAUGCGAUGCAUUAUGCAAGGAAAUGAAACGGAAAGCAGCUGAGAUAAAAGAGGCAGAAGCCAAAGCGGCUAUUGAAGAAGAGAAACGAAGACAACAGUCACACCACCGUUGCGUUCUACUUGUACGUCCACUGAAGGCUCACAGUUACAGCCCAGCAGUACCUUGGAGCAAAAUACAGCAACUGCUUCUGUGGACGUGUUUUGUGAUGGAUGCAGCUUCAGGGAUAGAAGACUGCACCUAUACAUAAUCAAGCCUAUUGAAAGGUUAAUUAAGAGUGGCCAAUUAUAUAGCACAAUAGCAAACGGCAGGACAGCAGUAAAAAAACAGGACAAAACCAAUUAAAACAAAUAGGACACAGUAAUUAAUAAAUAGGCUCCAGAAUUGCACACAAGUACUAACCUCAGCUAUUGCAGCCUUUUAUCUGAAAUUGAUUCCCCUCCAAUUUGAUCUCAUAAUCUGCCAUCUGGUGAUGCAGAUUUGAGGACAAGCACUAUCAUAGGCUGCUGGGUCACAUUAAUAGUAUAUCUUUGAGUAUACUCCCUUCUGAUAUUGAGUAUACUCCCUUCUGACAAAAGUUUGCAUCUCGUACCACCCUCCUGAUCUCAUUAGCACAGUUUUAUAUAGACAGUCCAUCUGUUAGUCACAGUUUCUUGAGACAUGUUUUGAUUAAUACUUCAUUAAAUCCUUUAUAUACAAACUAGUUAGUGCUCUGGUAGGUCUGCACAUUUAUAUUUUGGUGUUUGCUAUAUUUGGUAGCAGCUUCUGCUAAUACCAUUCACAGAUGGAAUCACUUGUUUCUUAGUGGAAGGAAGACAGCUUGGUUAGGCUUCUUGUCAUGGCCUGAGCAGCCAAACUUUCCCUCUGCUUCUAAUUCAGAGGCACCAUGUGAGGCCAGGGUUUUCACAAUUGGUAGAGGUGGAAAAAAGAUCAGUGCUUCAAUUAUUUAACAAUUCGGACCAAGCUUUCUCCCUGUCCCACUUGAGCGUAAAAGAUUUGGUUAAAUUUUUGAGCUAAGUGGUAAUAGUCAAGAGUUUCAGAAAUGAUAGUCAAGGUCUUAAACCUGAAUUCUAAUUUAAUGAGUUGUGUGAAAGAUUUUGUUUCCUUUCCUCUUAGAAAGAAAAAUGUUUUAACAGCUCCUUAGAAGUUACAAAAGUCAAGAGCCUGCCACCCCCUCCCUGUAAAAUACAAGACCUGCAAUUUCAAGAUACAUGCUUUGCGUCUGUGUAGUCACUGUUAUUUGCAUUCAUUUAACUACAUUUUCCCGUGGGGCUGCUGCUCCUUCCAGUGCAGGAAGAAUAUAGAGAGUAACGCAUGAAGGAGCCACAUCCAGUACCCGAGCAACACCAAGUUAGACGUUAUCUGACAUCAAAUUGUUUUGAGUGUACAGUUUAAAUAAAUGCAUUUUGUUUCACUUUUGAUAUGUCUGUACACAAAGAAGUGAGGUUCUUACUCUAAAUAAAAAGCUUGAGCUUCUUUAGCUUGAAAAAUUAAGGUAGUUUGAAGACUGAGCACAACCAUUGCUUUGUUGUUCAGAGAUCAUUGAGGUGACACUUUGGGAAUGAUGACAGAUACAUAAAAUCCGUAGGUAGCUUUUCAAGGAUAGUGAUGGCUUCUUUCUAGUAUUCUCUGCCCACAAACCUUUCUUCAUUCUGUGUUUUGCUCUUUUUAAUGCCUUUAUUUUUAGCUGGGUUUUUAUAAAGAUCGCUAGGAAAGCAGUUCAGUACCUGUUACAUAAUAGUUCGAGUCCUAUAUUUUAAUUCAGAUUACUGCAAUUCAUGAAGCACUCUGCUCUUAAAACUUACAGAUCACAAGUAUAUAAUAACUAUAGAAGCCCCAAAUUUUUUUUAGCUGCUCUGUAAAAUGAAAUACUGCCAUAUUAUGUAUGAAACCUUAAGAACUUUGCAGUUGCCUCCAGAUUUUGGAUUUUGAAAAACUGUUUCAUUAAAAUACUUUGCUUUUCUAAAGGAUGAUUAGCUAGUUGAAAGUAAUCUUGUUUCAAAUGGCAGGCUGUGGGAACUUUGAACUUUUCUCCCAUAUCGUCAGAGAAGCGCCAAUAAUUUCUGCCUUUAUUAGGUACAAAAGAAUAGACAUCAAAAUGGGUCCCUUUCUCCCGCUAACAGUGGUAUCUGGCACAAGAAGGGAAGUAAGAUCUGCUUUGUGAAACUCUGACAAAUACUCGCUGUCAGCAGAGGAAGACCAGACAUCAGGCAAUCUUGAGUUCCAAAGGAAAAUUAUAUUUACUGGACUACUACUCUGCCCAUUUCCCAAAACAGCCUUAUUCUUGUUUCUUUAAUGCACCUACCGUAUUGUCUUAGUCCCGCUCUUCCUGGCAGCACUGCAGUAGUAGUCAUGUAGAUUUAUUUCCUCUUGUGGCCAGGCUUUGUCUCUGUUCACUGUCCAUGUUUCCUCUGCCUCAGCUCAAUCUUGCGCCUUUUGCCCAGCCAGUCCUGGCUUGCUGUGCUCUGCUGCUCCCAUCUUUCUUCUCUCUUUCAGUUCAUCUGGUCUCUCUGCUCCCUUGCUCCUUGUCCCAUGCUUUCCCUAGUAGCUGACAACUCUACCUAAAACUCCAGAUAAUUGUUGGACCUUUUCUGGUUUUAGUCUGUUUCAAAUCUCCUUUAGAGCAUCUUUUCUGACUUUCCUAGCAAUGAGAUGGCUCCUCAUUGGAGUCUCAUCCCAGUCUUACCCUCUUUGUUCCAGCCUGCCUAAUUCCAGUUUUAUUUCAGCUUUGUACCCUAAUAGGGGUUUUGCCUGUGUUCUCUUUAUACCCUUUUAAAAGGAUGUGGAGGGGGACGAGGACCAGGGAUCAGAGGAUCCUACUGUUGAUUCCAGGCAUCACCCUGAAACUACUGUUCUGGGUGGAAGCUUGUAAUUCUUAUUUUUUCAGUUGCUUUGCUUUGUUUUUGGGCCUAAGAGUGUGUGCUUUGAAGGAUGCUGUGUACCUACUGCAAUCAUCCAUUAGUGACUGAGAGUCAAGUUAUGACACUUAACAAAUGGAAUCUUUUUGUGCCCAUCUAAGAUUAUAGCUAUUAAUCUACAAUUUAGCUGAGCAUGCAAAAUAUAAAGAACUGGUGGAAAGAUGAUAGAUUUUUAUUUAUAUUCUUAAUAAUUUAUUUUUAGCAGAGAACGCAUCCUUAUUACAUGGGGGUGUCUUUGAAGAUUUCAGCCUAUGCUUUUAUAUAUGUUAUUGUAAUAGCUUAAAUACAAGUGCUUUUCUUUAAUAGGAAAAAUAAUGUAUUUUAAACAUAUUUCAUGGAAAUAACAAUCUCAUUUUUGUUUAACGUAUUCAGCCUGAGUUAAAAAAUUUGACGUAAAACUUCAGUUGGUUGCAUUUUUGGCGAUGUUCUUUAUGGGAAACUAAACAAUGGUUUCAUACUUGGAAGCGCAGUGCUUUGUAACCACGGGACAAAGUGCUACUAUCUCGUCUCUAAGAGAUGUAUAACUUCCAUUGGCUGCCAGUUAUUUUUAUAAACUGGCUUUUGGGAAUGUUAUUUAAAAUCUGCACAUUUCCUUGGUUUUAAUUCUGACACAAA